AUGGACACCAAAGAAACCAAAUCGGACAAAAAGAAAGUGGUGGCUGUUGUGGGCGGCGGCCUGGUGGGAGCCCUCAACGCCUGCUUUUUUGCCAAACGAGGUUUCGAGGUCCAUGUGUUCGAAAGCCGAGAAGACAUCCGGACGGCUAAAGUGGUGAAAGGCCGGAGCAUCAACUUGGCCUUGUCUCAUCGUGGUCGCUCGGCUCUGAAACACGUGGGGAUGGAGGAGAAGAUUGUGUCUCAGGGAAUCCCGAUGCACGCCCGAAUGAUCCACACACCGGACGGAAAGCAGUCUCCCAUCCCCUACGGCAAGAAGGGACAAUACAUUCUGUCGGUGGAUCGAGCUAAUCUGAACAAGCAGCUGCUCACAGAGGCUGAAACGUACGCGAACGCAAAACUGAACUUUGACCACAAACUGCAGGACUGGAACGCAGAGACCGGGACCAUGACCUUUGUCAGAGGUGACGGGAGCAGGGAGCACGUCUUGGCUGAUCUGAUCGUUGGCUGCGACGGAGCCUUUUCUGCCAUUCGCAAACAGUUCAUGAGACGCAGCCGCUUCAACUACAGCCAGACGUACAUCCCCCACGGAUACAUGGAGCUGACCAUGCCCCCGCGGGACGGAGACUUUGCCAUGAAACCAGGUUACCUUCACAUCUGGCCCAGAAACACCUUCAUGAUGAUCGCUCUGCCGAACCUGGACCAGACCUUCACGUGCACUUUGUUCAUGCCCUUUGAUGAGUUUGACAAGAUCACCACCGGAGACCAGGUCCUGGACUUCUUCGAGCAGUACUUCGCUGACGCCAUCCCUCUGAUCGGAGUGGAGGAGCUGAAGAGCGACUUCUUCCGGCUGCCGGCUCAGGCCAUGGUGUCGGUGAAGUGUUCCCCGUAUCACAUCGGGGAUAAGUGUGUCCUGAUGGGGGACGCCGCUCACGCCGUGGUGCCUUUCUACGGACAAGGAAUGAACGCGGGCUUCGAGGACUGCAUCGUGUUUGAUGAAAUUAUGAGUCAGUUCAAUGAGGAUUUGAGUGCGGUUCUUCCGGAGUACACCAGGGUGAGAGUCCCGGACGACCACGCCAUCGCAGACCUGGCCAUGUACAACUACAUCGAGAUGAGAGCUCACGUCAACUCCAAGUGGUUCUUGUUCAGAAAAUAUGUGGACAACUUCCUCCACCUCCUCAUGCCGCGGACCAUCAUUCCUCUCUACACCAUGGUGACAUUCACGAGGACGAGAUACCAUCAGGCGGUGGAGCGCUGGCAUUGGCAGGACAAAGUGAUAAACCGGGGUCUGUUCCUGUGUGGCACCGGUGCAGUCCUGGGCGGCUCGUACCUUCUCUUCAAAAACCCUCCGAACAUCGACAAAAUCGACAUCGAGAAACUGUGGAACAGACUCCUCUCCUUCCGGAACUUCUGA